ACCUCACACUAGAGCUGUCCAGAAAGCUCGUUCGACAUGACUUUGUUUGAGACAGUGCUGGGCUGGUUCGACUUGGUUUGAAAGAGCUCGGCUUGGUUAGUAUAUAUUUUAUUUUCACCCAGUUACUCCCAUUCUUCAUAACUAUUUCUUUCUCUUUAGCAUGAUUCAGUGUCGUCAAUUCAGAACAACCCACUAUGGAUUUUCCAUUCUCAAUGCUCUACUGCAACUGUCAUCGUAUCAUAAACCUAGUUUCUGCCCUACUACAAAGUGGAAAAACCCAUAUGAAAAUUCAAACCAUAACCCAAUUCAUUGUUAUGGAAAUAAUUUGGAUGGGGUAAAGUCAUCCAACAGGAUGAUCACCGAAUACAUCCGUCAAGGCGAUCUUAAUUCAGCAUAUAAUGUGUUUAAAAACAUGUCAAUUAGGACUACUAUUACGUACAAUUCACUGUUAACAGGAUAUACCAAAGCAGCAGGAAGAGUUCAAGAUGCCCGCCAACUGUUUGAUAAAAUUCCUGAACCAGAUAUUGUGUCUUAUAACACAAUGUUGAAUUGUUACAUGCGUAACUGCGGGAUCAAGGCUGCCCAGGCUUUUUUUGACCAAAUGUUGGUUAGAGAUACGGCGUCUUGGAACACGAUGCUAUCGGGUUUAUGUCAAAAUGGGAUGAUGGAUGAUGCACGUCAACUGUUUGAUGAAAUGCCUGAGAGAAAUAAUGUGUCGUGGAAUGUUAUGAUUUCGGGGUAUGCUGCUACGGGUGAUUUAGUGGUUGCUGAAAAGUUGUUUAGGAAUGCUCCUGUUAAAUGUGUGGUUGCGUGGACUGCUAUGGUUACGGGUUACAUGAAGUCUAGAAAGGUUGAUUUGGCGGAGAAGAUGUUUGACGAAAUGCCUGAGAGAAAUCUUGUGACGUGGAAUACGAUGGUGUCGGGUUAUGUGGAAAAUGGACGAGCGGAUGAUGGUUUGAAACUUUUUAGAACAAUGGUUGAAACCGGGGUUAAGCCCAAUUCAUCGACCAUAAGCAGUGUUUUACUGGGUUGUAGUAAUCUUUCUUCGCUAAAACUAGGUAAGCAAGUGCACCAAUUCAUAAAUAAAUCUCCACUUUCUUUACACACCAUGGUGAAUACGUCUUUAAUCAGUAUGUACAGCAAGUGCGGUGACUUGGAGACCGCAUGGAAGUUGUUUCGUGAAACUUUACAUAAAGAUAUCGUCACAUGGAACGCUAUGAUUUCAGGAUUUGCUCAACAUGGUGAAGGCGAAAAAGCUCUUUUGUUAUUCGAUACUAUGAAAAAAGAGAGAGUUAAACCCGACUGGAUCACUUUCAUAGGAGUUUUAUCAGCUUGCAACCACGCUGGAUUGGUCGAUCGCGGGAUUCAAUACUUUGAUUUGAUGCAGAGCGACUACAAAAUCGAACCCAAACCCGAUCACUACACUUGUAUGGUUGACCUUCUUGGUCGAGCCGGUAAGCUUGUCGAGGCUUUAAAUUUAAUAAAAGCUAUGCCUUUUAAGCCCCACCCGGCUAUAUUCGGGACCCUUUUAGGUGCUUGUAGGGUCCACAAGAAUUUAGAGCUAGCUGAAUACGCAGCUAGAAAUUUGCUUGAGUGUGACCCGUCAAGUGCGGCUGGUUACGUUCAACUCGCUAACGUCUACGCAGCCAUGAGGAAAUGGGACGGUGUAUCUAAAGUUAGAAGAUCAAUGAAAGAGAAUAAAGUCGUUAAAUAUCCGGGGUAUAGUUGGAUUGAAACAAUGAAUCGUGUGCAUGAGUUUCGAUCAGGUGAUAGAAUCCACCCUGAACUGGCGUUGAUUCAUGAAAAACUGAACGAAUUGGAGACGAAGAUGAAAGUGGCUGGGUAUAUUCCUGUUCUUGAAUUUGCGUUACAUGAUGUCGGUGAUCACCAAAAGGAGAAGUUGUUGUUAUGGCAUAGUGAGAAACUGGCGAUUGCAUAUGGUUUGAUUAAAAUGCCACGAGGGGUUCCGAUUAGGGUUUUCAAGAACUUAAGGGUGUGUGGGGAUUGCCAUGAGGCCACAAAGUUUAUAUCUGCGAUAGAGAAAAGGGAAAUCAUUGUGAGAGAUAAUUCGCGGUUUCAUCAUUUUAAGGAAGGGAAAUGCUCUUGUGGCGAUUAUUGGUGACCUUGAGGUCCAUAACUGCAGCGAGAUGUUCAUAUACAACUAAGACAAAUGAACCGUCCAAACCGAAACAAGUCGUCUGGUUUGAGAUCCAAAUGGUUUGGUUUUCAGACCCGAACCAUACCAUCUACUCUGGACAUAUUUCGACCAGUUGUCUUUUAAACUAAUUCUAUGGUUUGACAUGCGUUGACCCGUUAGAGACAAAAUAUAACCCAUAUUAGCAAAUGGGUCGAAGUAUACUUUGAAGAACCUAAUUUGACCCUAAAGGUCAACUCAAGAUAAAAUCAAGCCAUUUUCCAAGUGUCCUCUUUUUUAUAAAGACAUGACUUUCUGGAUCAGUUAUUCAUUCACUGAAAACAAUCUUUGCGAAAUUGUCUGAGGUGUUGCCGAGGAGUAAAGGUUGUGCAUACCGCUUAAAGUCAUGUACCAGUUUUGUUGGUACAUGACCUCAACUUUUCCAUAGAUACAUUGACCCCUGCUUGUAAUAAUUGGUACAUGACCUCAACUUUUCCAUAAAAGAUGAAGACUUUAGAGAGAGAAAGUAGAGAGAGAGAGCAACAAAGAAAAAGGGCUCCGAUGGGUUCCGGCCGCCGGUGAUGGCAGAGCCAUGAUGCCUUUAGACGGAGCUACAACAGCGGUGGUCUAGGUGGUGUCGGGUUGGACAAAUAAACAACAGUGGUGGUGCUAGGGUUUGACAAAGGAUGAUGGUGGUGGUGUUAGGUAAGAGGCGGUGGUUCAGUUGACAACUGUGACGACCACAACGGACCCUGAUUGCAAUAACAGUGACCGCGGCAUUUUGAAGGUUUAGGAUUCCGGCAAGGCUUCAGUUAAUUCCUACGAGUUUUGCGGUAAGCUUCCUUUCGCUUGCAUGUUUUAUUUUUGUUUAGAUCGGCUCCUAACGAAUAUGAUUUGGUGAAACUUGUGAUAAGUGUUAUUUUCUUGCUCCUCAACGAGAAGCAUCUUCUGGCAUUCUACUAAAUAGUUUACUAAUGAAGGAUAGGUCCAGCUUCAGCCUCCAUUUAGAAACGGAAUUUAGCAAAAGAUAAAUUAUUUAGGAUAAGGUUAAGGUUUUAGCCUUUUUGUUAAGUGAAAGGGGCCUUUCAAAUACUGGUUAACUAUCAUGUUUUACUUCAUGAAGUUGCUGUUGAAAAGUUGUUGAGAGAAAGACCAACGAAGAUUGUAAAUUUUUGUUAAAAGAGGUGGCAAAAUGGGUGGCUUGAAUAGCCGAUCAAAAGAGUAUGCUGGUUUGUUUGUUUUUUAUUUGUUAGUACUUUGUAAGCAUAUACACUAAUACACAUACAAAAAAAAGUAGAUUGGAGUUGUAUUCUUAUUAGGUUGUAAAAAUAGUUUUACCUUGGAAGGUAAUUUUUAUGAGACUAGGUUUGACUUCUGAGAUGAAAAAGAUUAAAUACCGUGUGUUAGCAGCUCUAAGAGGAUAGAAUAGAACGUGGAGAUUGGAUUGCAUGAGGGGACUGUGGAAACAAGAUCAAAAGCUAUUGAUGAUAGCUAUGUUGGUUGUUGAUGGGAGUCAAAGACUUGGUUAACUCAGUCAACCAAGUUGACUCGGUCAACACAGUAAGUCGGGUGAAAACCCUCUCAAACGAUAGGAAGCUAGAUAGGUAGUGAGAGUGAUAACCGGUUUAUUUCGAUGAUUUUCAUGAUUGUAUAUCAUUAUUUUGAAGGAUAAAGAGAAUUAAAAAAUUGUGUAUUGAAUUCGAGUUUGGGCUAUAUUCAUGGUUCUUAAUAUGUUGAUUGUACACUAAAGCUUCUUUUGGAAGCUUUAUAUUUCAUACAAAGAGAAGAGAGAGACAUGAGAGAUAGAGAUGCAGAUUCGUUUGAGAGAGAGAAACGGUGGAAGGACCAACGUUUACGGUGGUUACUAGGCGGCGCACGACGGCGCUUUUCACUUAUGACGCUACACGACUGACACUCAAAGAAUCAUCGACGAGGAGUGUAUUUCGGUGAAGUAUGACGAGUCUCCGGCGAAGAUCCGGUAAGUCUUCUAUUCUGUUGCAUGUUACAGUUUCAGUUACAUCGGUUCUUGAUGUGUCGUUUGAGACUAUUCUCGGUGAUAAAUAAUUCCGACAAGAAUCCGGUCAAGUUCCGACCAAGCUCCGGUGAACGAAACUCGACCUGCAUCUCUUCUUUAUUUUUCUAUGUGCAUAUGUAGUCAUACGUUUAGUUAUGUUGAUUAUAAAUGUUUGGGAAUUAGGUCAAGUUGUUGUUGUCUUGGGUUGAAAUUUGUUGAUCAAAGUCAAAAUAGUUCUGAUUUGGUUGCAAAGAUGAAGAAUACAGAGCUCAACUUGUGAGUAAUGUUAGACACGACCAAAGAAGUAUAAAUAGAUUAGAGUCAAGCAUUAGUGGAGUGGAAAGAAGUAGAGAGGGUACAAGUAAGAGAUACAGAUUCCAUGGUAGUGGCUGAUGGAUACAGGAGUCGUUGUAAAGAUAAAACUAAGUUCCCUGAAUCUGGCACAAGAGUGUAUGCAGAGGAUCGCUAAAGAAUUAGAGUGCAAUGAAGCUUCACGAGACGGGGAUUUGGCACGAGAGGGUAUGCGAAGGAUCGCUAUAGAAUUGGAGUGCAAUGAAGCUUCACGAUACGGGGAUUUGUUGCUACAAGGCGUUCGAUUUGCUUUUCGGGUUCAUUAGUAUUUUUGUCUAGAUAGUUUGGCAGUGGAAAAUACAUCAGCUCAAGGGGACACGCGUCAUUAAUCCUCAUCGUAUGAGAAACCUAAACCAUCUUUCUCACAAAUUCUGGGUAGAGGGAGAGAUCGAGAGAAAGAGAAUCCGACCACACUCCGGCGGCCGGUGGUAUCAAUGACGACGGUGACGAUAGGGGUAAACGGAAAUGAAGAUGAUCGUCUUUUGAGAUUUAGGUUGUACGGUUGUUUUGUAAUAAAGUUGUCAUUGUCGUGGCUCUGGUGGUGUUUCGCAGCAUGUAAAGCGACUGCCGGUGGCGGAGACGACCUACUGCAGUCGAACAUUUGAUGAACAUGAAGUUCACUUGCAUUGCAUCAUUAAAGACGGAUAAACGCCACCAGUGGUACUGCCUCCGACUUGCUCCUUUUUAAAAAAAACUCCCGAUGAAGUACUUGGCAAUGAGACUUGUAUUCUUAGAGUUCAUCUACACGGUGAUGGUUGCAAACACAAAGUGAAGAAACUUCUUCAAAGAAUUGACGGCAUUCUCUCUUUCAGCUGUUCCUUUCAUUAAAAAAAGAAAAGAAAGUAUGUCUUUGACCUUUGAAGUCAAAGAAUACUUUUUGGUUUCAAAAUUGAAUGUAAUUAUUGGAAAGAAAAAAAUGGUACAUGUACAAGUAGGUGUUGAAUAUGGUACAAAAGGGAAGAAGUUCUUGGUGUAGGUAUGGGUGGGAUAUGAAGGUCAAGAUUUGUCGGGUUUGACUACACAUGUUCAAGAUUUGUGACGAUGAUGAAUCUUUAAGUUCGGUUAGCUUAAUGAACUAGAGCAGGUAGUUUCAUUCAUGUGUAUAAAUGUGAUAGCAAGUUUUGUAUCGUUAAUGUGGGCAUAAUAGAAGAAUAUUAGUUUGCUUUA